CAACGCGCGUUCGGAAUCGGUUUUCGAAAAUGGAAUCGUGAAAGAUUGCGAUGCGGCGGCCAGUGUUCGGACCAUUUUAUUUUUAAAAUUCAAUUUUAAACCAGCCAGUUGCAAAAGACAUAGUAUUUUUGUAAACAGAGUGUUUUUUUUUUUAUAUAAGCGUGUGCGCGUUUUCAGUUAGCGCACUCCUGUAAAUUGGACGUUUCCAACGAAAGUGACUGGACUGUGACAUUUGAAAUCGAUAGUUUUUAGUUAGUAAUUGUAGCGCGCAUGCGUCAAGUGAAAUUUGUUGACACUGAAAAUUUAAUUAACAUUGUGAAGUGCUUGUGGGAUUUUUUGUUUUGACGUCUCCGUUCGUUUUUGGGUUGGCGUAGUUACACCAAAGAUAUAAAGAUGAACCAAAAGUGCAAAGUGUGCGGUGAGCCGGCGGCGGGAUUCCACUUCGGAGCUUUCACGUGUGAAGGAUGCAAGUCAUUCUUCGGCCGGUCGUACAACAACUUAAACUCCAUUACCGAGUGCAAGAAUAAUGGAGAAUGUGUUAUCAACAAAAAGAACAGAACCGCGUGCAAAGCGUGCCGACUGCGCAAGUGCCUUUUGGUGGGAAUGUCGAAGUCAGGCUCCAGAUACGGCCGACGGUCGAACUGGUUUAAAAUUCACUGCCUGCUACAAGAACAACAGCAAGCAGCCCAGCCUCGAUCGCCCCCGAGAGUACCACCCUCGCCACAUCACUUGGCUCCCCCAUUCCCUCCUCAUCUCUUCCCAGGACUAGCCCGACCCAGAACAAAAGAAGAAAUGGCGGUACUUGCACUCGAGGAGUACAGAGCUCCUUGCGCGGGCUCACCUGAUUCUCACCGCAGCGGGUCCUCUCCUAAAUCGGACGAAAAGAGACUCGCACAAUCCCGUCCACCAGAUCGACCCCACACUCCUAGAGAUUCCUUUGUCCCACUGCCCCUAGCUAAUAUCUCCUUACCCCACUUCCCCCAUUCGCCGUUCUUACCACCCCCGCCUUUCAGUCCGUUCGCUGCAAGCCAUCCACUUCUUUUCCCUCCUGGAUUCCACACCAUGUACACGAGGCAUCUGCUCGACCACCCAGCAUUGCGACAUGCGGCAGAGAACAACAACGACGUAAGAAUCGAUAACCACAAUGCGGAUUCGUCGAAACGAUUCUUCCUCGACGAAAUCCUGAAACAACAGAGGUCAGCUCAGCCGCCGCCCCAGGAAGAUACAUAUUCAGAAAGGGCACAUAGUCGCACUCCACCAGCAGACAGACGAACCUCUGUAUCGCCUUUGCAGGAGAAUCCAAUGGAUUUAACUAUUAAAUCUGACGGCAGAUCCAGUUCCGCGAGAAGGAGGUCAGAUGAUAGCGAAACGAUUGCUCCUGACAACGAGGACGGAGAUUCGGUCAGCGCUGCCGCGUCCGCCAGCGAGGAGGAGGAUGUCUCGUUCUCCGAAAUCAAGAGAAUCAAACUCCAUCCCUUGGACCUCACGACCAAAGUUUGACGUCAUAGAACGUCCCUAGUGCCGUUGUUAAAACAACACCCCGAACUUCAGUGAACAUAAUAUUAAGGCCAGUAAAUCGGAUAGUGAUUUUAAAUAAGUAAGAAGCAUUCCAGGAUGCUAAAAGUUGUUAUCACCUGAAUAAAGAGUUUAUCCAAAUACGUAAAUUAAGUUCUAGAUAAAUUUUAUUGGUAGUUCCAGCUCGGUAGAUGGUUAUGUACAAAAUGUGUGUAUAUAGAUAAAUUAUUUUGUAUUGAGUAAGUUAGUUAUAAUAUUAGAUAGUGCUAUUAAAAAAUGGAGUUAGUCAGGUGUUGCAAUAUUCCAUUUGAAAAAUAUAUUUUUAUUUUGCCUAUUUUUGAAUAUGGAGUAAACUCCAUUAGCAGAAUUUUUUGUGGAGUUAAAAUCGAGUGUGAAGGACUAUAAGUCCUGUCUGGCAUAUUGUCUAAUAUAUUAUGUAAUAGUUAUUUUCUUGUAACAACUCUUUUAUAGUUGAUAUUCCGAGAUUGUACUGAAUAUAUACUCCAAAAAAUUGUACUUAGCAUAAGGAAGCAUGUUUCAUCUCGCUUAAAUCGUAAAUGUCAUAAUUCUAGUAGUGCCGUGUGGUUCCCGGCACCAAUACAAAAAAGAAUAGGAUCACUCCAUCUCUUUCCCAUGGAUGUCGUAAAAGGCGACUAAGGGAUAGGCUUACAAAGUUGGGAUUCUUUUUUAGGCGAUGGGCUAGCAACCUGUCACUAUUUGAAUCUCAAUUCUAUCAUUAUGUAUGUAAUAAUUCUUUUAAUCCAAAUAGAAAGCAAAUAUUUAACAUAAUUCUCCCUCAACAUUUAACUUUUUUCCUGAAAUACAGACUUACUUCAUUACUUCACGAAUACGCUAAAUACCAAAUGAACAUAGAAUCUGCGAUAUAAAUAAUAUUAGUCAGGGGAUACGCAACCAAACCGCCUGUCCGGUAUUGGGGUGUCGUAUACGGGUACGCGGCCCCGGCUCCCCGAGCGACUACAGCCUCUACUCCUAUCCUCCGAGGCGGUAGUAUCCUUCUACCUAUUUUCCUUUAUCAAGUCCUAACUUUCCUUCCCUUCGCCUCUCCCUCCUACUGUCCUUUCAUCCUCCCACUAUCCGCCAAUCCAAGGUCUACUUGCACGAAUUGGCGCUGCUUGCACUCGAAGAGUACAGAGCUCCUUGCACAGGCUCCCCUGAUUCUCCAUCCCUUGGACCUCACGACCAAAGUUUGACGUCCUAGUGCCGUUGUUAAAACAACACCCCGAACUUCAGUGAAUAAAAUAUUAAGGCCAGUAAAGCGGCUAGUGAUAUUAAAAUAAGCAGGCAGAAACAUUCCAGGAUGCUAAAAGUUGUUAUCACCUGAAUAAAGAGUUAAUAUACCAUAACCGAGUGCAAAAAUAAUGGAGAAUGUGUAAUCAACAAAAAGAACAGAACCGCGUGCAAAGCGUGCCGUCUGCGCAAGUGCCUUUUGGUGGGAAUGUCGAAAUUAGGCUCCAGAUACGGUUGAUGGUCGAACUGAUUCAAAAUACACUGAACUACUACAAGAACAACGCCUCAAUUAAAUCCUGAAACAGCAGAGGUCAGCUCAGCCGCCACCCCAGGAAGAUACAUAUUUAGAAAGAGAACAUAGUCGCACUCCACCAGCAGACAGACGAACCUCUGUAUCGCCUUUGCAGGAGAAUCCAAUGGAUUUGACUAUUAAAUCUGACGGCAGAUCCAGUUCCGCGAGAAGGAGGUCAGAUGAUAGCGAAACGAUUGCUCCUGACAACGAGGACGGAGAAUUAAAAAUAACGGAGAAUGUGUAAUAAAUAAAAAGAACAGAACCACGUGCAAAGCGUGCCGACUGCUUAAGUGCCUUUUGGUGGGAAACGGUCGACGUUCGAACUGGUUCAAAAUACACUCUCACUACUCACCUAAUUC